AUGCAGAGUGGGCAGAUGCAGCGGCCGCGGCCAGCCGCACACCCAAAGGAGCUGCCUCCUUGCCGAGGUCCAAAGCUGCAAGCCUUUCGCCACCACAAUUCGCCUAUUGAGUGGCUAGGGAGGAUCGAUGCAGGCUCCGACUCCCCGUUGGGGGAUUCUGAUUCGGGGCGCCAGGGAUACGUAUUCAAGGUUAGGAUCGAGUCGGAGCUCUAUGCUUUGAAAGUGUUCAAAUUUUACAAUGCAGAGGACACGAGAUGGUCCUGGGAAGCGUAUGUGUCAGGGAAAGAUCCCAAACGCCUAGCCGAGCUUCACUUGGACCCUUUCUACGCCGAAUGCCGCGCAUACGGUCGAAUAAACAUGGCCAAAAGUCAAGGCAAGACCAAACGCGACAUAGCCAUACCAUGUUAUGGCUUCAUCUAUCUUGAUGACUGCUACCGCAAGCAGCUAGACGAGUACGGAGUUGAUCUAGAUGAGAACUGUCUCGACAGCGAUUCUUCUACCAACUCGUCCCCAACGCCGGGGGCGAGGAGGCCAAUAACGAGCCGACCAAUACGGGGCAUCAUUAAGAAACUGGCAUCAUCAGAUCCAGGCAUAACAUACAAGAUCAUCGAGAAUAUCCGGAAGGACAUUCAAGAGCUAAAUCGACUCAAGGUGUACAACACCGACAUUCGGAGGGACAACUUUUGCGACGGCAAGUUGGUCGACUUUGGCUCGUCAAUAACAGAACCGCACUGUUUGAUCACACCAGAAAAUGGUUUCUUGUCUAAACAAUCGCAGUAUGGGGACAUGGGCAUGCUGGAAGAUGUAGUGGAAAAGGCAGGUAUUCUGGUACGGUGGAGGACGUCAGAGAAUCUGGAAUAUAAGAAAAAACUGCGCAGUACUAGCGUCAGGAAUAGAUGA